AUGGAUUUGCAGAAUGGUGAGAUUGAUGACUGUUGCUAUAUUAGAUCUGUGGACUCAGCAAGGACUCUUCUUAAGUCUUUCAAUGCCUUGGUACUUUGGCUUUCACUGCUGAUGGUAAUAAGUUCAGUUAACACAGAUAAACCUGAAGAGAAAAUUUAUUCCUGCCCAGUAAUUCAGUGCAGUGCUCCUGCAGUCAAUGGCUUACCAGGCAGAGAUGAAAGAGAUGGUCCCAAAGGUGAAAAGGGAGAACCAGGAGAAGGAUUUCUGGGUCUCCUAAAAGGAGAUUUAGGAGCACAAGGAGAGAAAGGAGAAAAAGGAGAACAUGGAAUUGUGGUUUGUAGUAACCUGCAGAGACAAGUAAGUGCUUUGGAAACAAAAGUACAGGUUUUGGAGGCUGAACUAAAUAGAUAUAAAAAAGCUUUGAUUUUAAAGAACAUCAAGAGUAUUGGUAAAAACAUAUUUGUCUGAACUGAAAAAGAAGAUACUUUUGACAGUGGAAAAUCCCUUUGUGCAAAAGCUGGAAGUACACUUGCCUCUCCUAGGAAUUAGGCUCAGAAUACAGCUUUAGAAGACUUAGUAAGACCUUCAAAGCAGGCCUAGAUGGGGAUAUCUGAUGAACAGACUGAAGGCAGGUUCAUGUAUCUGAAUGGAGGGGCUGUAACUUACAGAAACUUGAAUGCUGGAGAACCAAAUAAUCUAAAAAAUGAAGACUGUGCAGUAAUACAAGACUCUGGAAAAUGGAAUUAUGUUAAUUGUUCAAAUUCGCAUGCCUUAAUUAUUUGUGAGUUCUUGAGCUGA